AUGAACGACGCCGUCAUGGCAAAAUACACCAAGGACAAAAAGGUCGGAGAAGGAACUUUCGCCGUGGUGUACGUGGGCAAACAGGUGAAGACAGAUCGGAAAAUCGCCAUUAAGCAAAUCAAAGAAGGCGAGUUCAAGGACGGAGUGGACAUGUCGGCCAUCAGAGAAAUCAAGUUUCUGCAGGAGAUUCGCCACGCCAACGUUAUCGAGCUCAUUGACGUGUUCACAGCCGGACCCAGACUGUCCAUGGUCUUGGAGUUCCUGCCUACCGAUCUGGAAGGACUCAUCAAAGAUACAAAGAUUCUGUUCCGUCUGGGAGAUGUAAAGGCCUGGAUGCUCAUGGCCACUCGUGGACUGCACCACUGUCAUCGUCUGCAGAUUCUACACCGAGAUCUCAAACCCAAUAACUUGUUGAUCUCGCCCACUGGAGAACUGAAGAUUGCCGAUUUCGGUCUGGCUCGUCAGAUGCCCAACCCCAAGGACAAAAUGACCCCCACUGUGGUUACUCGAUGGUACCGAGCACCGGAGUUGCUGUUUGGAGCUCGAUAUUACACCCCUGCGGUUGACGUAUGGUCGUUAGGACUGAUUUUUGCAGAACUCAUGCUCAGAUUACCGUACUGUCCUGGAGAAGACGACAUAGACCAGAUCGACAAGACUUUCCGGGCGUUUGGUACACCGACAGAGGAGGAGUGGCCUGGAUUGACAUCUCUACCUGCUUACCCCAAAACUGUCAACAAGUACCCUCAUCCCUCAGUGCAGGAGCUGAAGAUGCGGUUUUCGGCAGCUACGGAAAAUGGUCUGGAGCUGUUCCAGGCCAUGACGGAACUCAACCCGGCAGAUCGAGUGUCCUGCGAGGAAGCUCUUACAGCAGACUAUUUUACUGAGUUCCCCCGACCUACAAAACUGGCAGAGCUCCCAGGCCGAACAGAGUAA